CGUCUUCUCUUCUGUGGAGGACAGUGAACCGAAAGCUCCGAAGAAAGCAAAGACGGGAAGCCAACUUCCAACAGAGAACCAAAAAUGGCUCUCAAAUUCAACAUCUCCUUUCAAUCCCAGAAACUGCCUUCUUUCGCUCUUCCUCCCAUGGCCAGUGUCAGAUCUUCCAAGUUCGUCAUGGCCUCCACGCUCCGCUCUGGCUCCAAAGAGGUUGACAAUCUGAAAAAACCUUUCAUGCCUCCUCGGGAGGUGCAUGUUCAGGUCACACACUCCAUGCCACCACAGAAGAUUGAGAUCUUUAAAUCUUUGGAGGAUUGGGCUGAGAACAACAUUUUGGUUCACCUAAAACCGGUUGAAAAAUGUUGGCAACCACAGGAUUUUCUGCCAGAUCCUGCUUCUGAUGGAUUUGAUGAGCAAGUCAGGGAAUUAAGAGCGAGGGCAAAGGAGAUUCCGGAUGAUUACUUUCUUGUUUUGGUUGGAGAUAUGAUCACAGAAGAAGCUCUUCCAACUUACCAAACAAUGCUCAAUACGUUAGAUGGUGUUCGGGAUGAAACAGGUGCAAGCCCUACUUCUUGGGCAAUAUGGACAAGGGCAUGGACAGCUGAAGAGAAUAGGCACGGUGACCUACUUAAUAAGUAUCUAUACUUGUCUGGACGAGUAGACAUGAGGCAAAUUGAGAAGACAAUUCAGUAUUUGAUUGGGUCAGGGAUGGAUCCCCGUACAGAAAACAGUCCAUAUCUUGGUUUCAUCUACACUUCAUUCCAAGAAAGGGCAACCUUUAUUUCCCAUGGAAAUACAGCCAGGCUUGCCAAGGAACAUGGGGAUUUCAAGUUGGCUCAAAUAUGUGGCACUAUUGCCUCAGAUGAGAAGCGCCAUGAGACUGCCUAUACUAAAAUAGUGGAAAAGCUCUUUGAGAUUGAUCCUGAUGGAACUGUUCUUGCCUUUGCUGACAUGAUGAGGAAGAAAAUCUCUAUGCCAGCGCACUUGAUGUAUGAUGGCCGUGAUGACAACCUUUUCGAGCACUUCUCUGCUGUUGCUCAAAGACUUGGGGUCUAUACUGCCAAGGACUAUGCAGACAUACUAGAGUUCCUGGUGGAAAGAUGGAAGGUGAAGGAUCUAACUGGACUCUCAGGUGAGGGACGAAAAGCACAGGACUAUGUUUGUGGACUGCCUCCAAGGAUUAGAAAGCUGGAGGAGCGAGCUCAAGGAAGAGCCAAGCAAGGCCCCAGAAUUCCAUUCAGUUGGAUUUAUGACCGUGAAGUGCAGCUCUAGGGUCAGUAAUUAUCCAAGCUGCUAAUUGUACUCUCCCACAGGUCUCUGGCCAUUGUGAGGGUUAACACAGCUGGAAUGAUGAAGUUGCAAUUCCAAUUUGCCAUCCCACUUGUAAGUGUGGGCGCAGUGUAGAUUCUGUUGUUUCUCCUCUUUGUCAGUUUUGUGUGUUGUUGUUAGAUAAUGCAGUUAGUGGCAGCUGUUGUUUUUGAUGUUGUGUUUUUUUAGAUAAGAGUCAGCUUUGUACGAGUUCUGUUCCUUCCUAUAGUCAAUUUUUGAGGGACAACAGCAUAUGGCAAUUUAUUACUACUGUCUUCUCAAGAAUUUCAAUUUUAUAUAAGGGCCUGUGUUUUGCACCAUAAAUGUACUUUUUAUAUAAGAAAAAUAAAAGUUAAUUUUUAUU